GCGAUGAUCCAGGAAUUGGUGUCGUAAUGGGGGAAAAACAUAAAACAGUUCCAUCAAAGGUAUAAAGAGGACUUUCUUCCUUCAUUUACUGGGGUUUCACGCAGGGCGGCUGGUGAACCAAUCAGGGCGGCUGAUACUUGAGAUACUCUAAUUUGCUGUUGCGAUGAGCUAUAAUUACAACAACCAGGGCGGUGGGAGAAAUCGUAACGAUGGGGCUCGAGGCCGUGACGAUAACACCCAUAACCAGUACAACUACGACCAGUACUAUCACGACGAGAGCCCCACAAGAACUGUUGAAGACAACGCACAGUACAACUAUGACCAGCAGUACACGGCAUCGCCACAGGAUCCGUUCACAGGUACAGUGACAGGGAACGGGCUUUCGUCCGUUGAGCCAUCGUACACCAGAGAUUCGAUCUCUCCUCAGAGGAGGGUUUCACAGGCCCACAACCAGGACUAUGGCUACUCGAACGACUACGCAUAUCACCAGGACUAUUCUAUACAGCAGAACCAUGGUUAUACCAGAAGGCCUCCGUUUGAUGAGGACACGUCUUACAAUCCGGGUCGUAUAGAUACCGAGGUGGCUGGUACGCAAUACCCUCAGCAAUAUUCGCCAAUUGUUCAAGAUCCGAACAACCUGCCGUCUAUAAACGUCACUCAGUAUGGAAAUGCCCCAUCGAACGUACUCGGUGAGUACAACGACGAGGAUUUCUACCACAACCAAACCGUUUCAGCUUCGACUUUCAAUGCAUUCCCAACAGACCCGGAUCAGGAGCAAGCACAAGGACAAGCACCGCUCCCGCCAAUGGGGGCCAACUUUUAUGAAACCAAUAACUCGUACAGUAACAUUCCAUUGACAUCUCCUUAUCAAAACGAGGCCAUAGAGAUGGAUCGUUUUGAUGCAAACCAGGAGGAGGAGAUUGGCUUUAACCAUCACAUCGACGGUGAUAACUAUGAGUUGAAUACCUUUGCCAAAGGUCCAUAUGAUGCAGAUGAAGAGUACCCAUUCGGUGACGAGAACGGCGAGGAAAUCCCACAGGAACAACAACAGAGAAGAAAAAUCGAAGUUGGUUUACUUAAUGGUAAUCUUAUCCUUGAUUGUCCAGUUCCUGAUAGAAUCUUGCAGAAAUACGUUGGGAAGAAUAUCGAUGAUUCAAGAGAGUUCAAGUUCAUGCGUUAUCAGGCAGCCACCUGUGAUCCAAGGGACUUUUCUCUGGAUAACUUCAGUCUGAGACAGAGAUAUUACAAGAGACCCAGGGAAUGUGAGCUUAUGAUCGUUAUCACUCUAUACAACGAGCCUGAUUUCCUCCUGGCCAGAACGCUUAAGGGUGUCAUCGACAACAUCAAGCAUUUAGAGAGCAGAAAAAGAUCUAGUACUUGGGGUCAAGAUGCUUGGAAGAAGGUUGUCGUUUGUAUCGUAGCAGAUGGUCGUUCAAAGAUUAACGAAAGUGCACAGGCUUUACUGGCUGGUUUAGGUGUUUACCAGGAAGGUUUUGCCCGAAAUGCUGUCAAUGAAAAGAAGGUUGUAUCGCAUAUCUAUGAGUACAGCUCGAUGAUUGGUAUCUCAUCCAUUGAAAAGGAAACUGUCAAAUUGACAACUGCGCCAGUUCCUACUCAGUUAUUGUUCUGCCUAAAAGAAGAAAACAAGAAAAAGAUCAACUCUCAUAGAUGGGCACUGGAAGCCUUUGGUGAGGUUCUACGCCCAAAUGUUGUUGUGCUGCUGGAUGCUGGUACACAACCUUCAAAGGACUCUAUCUACCAUCUCUGGAAAGAGUUUGACAAAGAUCCAAAUGUUGCAGGUACAUGCGGUGAAAUAAAGGCAAUGUUGGGGAGCAGAUACGAAAAGCUACUCAACCCACUUGUUGCUGCACAAAAUUUUGAAUACAAAAUGUCCAAUAUCCUUGACAAACCGAUGGAAUCCUCCUUUGGUUUCAUAUCUGUUUUACCAGGUGCAUUCUCCGCUUAUCGUUAUUCAGCUUUGCUUAAUCAACCUAAUGGAGAUGGACCAUUAGCGAAAUAUUUCGAAGGUGAGACUCUUCAUGACCAAGGUGCUGGUAUUUUCAAGUCAAACAUGUACCUUGCUGAAGAUCGUAUUCUUUGUUUCGAGCUUGUUGCAAAGAGAAACUGUUCUUGGAUUUUGAGAUACUGCAGAAGUGCGUCUGCUGAGACUGAUGUGCCGGAGGAAGUGCACGAUUUCGUCUCCCAGAGAAGACGUUGGUUGAAUGGUUCGUUCUUCGCUGCCAUCUACUCAGUGGUUCAUUUCCACAAGCUCCUUGGUGAGAGUUCUCAUUCGAUAGGAAGAAAAAUUGCAUUGUGUGUGGAAUUUGUAUACCAAUUGGUCAAUCUUCUCGUGUCCUGGUUCUCAUUGGCGUCGUACUUUCUAGUGUUUAGAAUAUUGACGACAUCUUUGGGAACACUAUAUGAUCCAUGCAGGUACCUCUCGGUGGUGUUCCUAUGGCUUUACUUGUUAUCUGUUGUCACCACAUUUGUGUUGUCAUUUGGUAACACUCCAAGAGGAACGCCAAAGUUCUACAUCGUUAUCAUUGUGUUUUUUGCCAUUCUUAUGGCCUAUAUGAUUGCAGCUGCCAUUGUGAUGUCCGUUGAUGCAAUUAAGGGUAUCGUUGCCGAAGGAAACAUCACUGCUGCUACUCUAUUCCAGAAUGCAACGUUUAGAGAUCUGAUCAUAUCCACUGCAUCAACAUAUGCCCUAUACUUCAUAGCAUCAAUCAUACAUUUGAAGCCGAUGCACAUGUUCACGUCGUUUCUCCAAUACCUGCUCUUGAGUCCCUCAUAUGUCAAUGUGCUGAACAUCUACGCUUUUUGCAAUCUACACGAUAUCUCUUGGGGUACCAAAGGUGCCACUGCACAAAGCUUGGGUGAUGCAAAGAUUACAGAGGAUGGUAAGGUUGAGUUCAUCGACGCCCCAAUAACAACUGAAGAAAUCAAUGCGUUGUACGAGAAGCAGAUGGACAUCCUUGCGCAUGUGCCAAAGCCCAAACCUGAGGUCACAGAAGAAAGCCUUCUGAUAGAGGAGCAGAGACGUAAGGAGAAAGAAGAUGAAAAGAACAAGAACUAUUACGCAUUCAUCAGAUCCAUGGUGGUUCUCACAUGGAUCACUACAAACUUUGUGAUUAUUGCUCUGGUUCUGGAAACCGGUGGCGUGAACCAGUUGACCUCUGAUUCUACUUCUACAACUACUACCACCGGUGACUACGCUUCUAAUCCACGGUCAGAAAUCUUCUUGACAGUCAUCUUAUGGAUCGUGGCCUUCAUGGCAGCUUUUAGACUGAUUGGAACAGUGUAUUAUCUCAUAGCUCGACUCAUUAAAUAAGACAUUCAUUCGUUUGCCUUGGUG